CCCGCUCUCACUGGCAGCGCGGUAACAGACGGUAAUGAUCAAACGCGCCUGAGUCCUGACUGCCAGAAAUCCACUUCGCGCAGCUUAGACAGCUUCCACAUUUACCUUUUCGUCUUGGGCCAUGAGCUCCCUAGCCUUCCUGGUGACUGAACUACAGUCAUUGGCAAGUGAAACUAGGCGAAAGCACCCGGAGGUUCGAGAGGCUGCCGAAAAAUCUUUGGCAAUAUUGAGAAGUUCGCCUGAAGCGGCGACUGCGAGUUUGGCCUCCGAUGGACCGCAAUCAGACGAUUUACUCAAACCUGUAUUCAUGGGAUUCGCGACCAAGAACGCGAAAGUUGUCGCGAUAUCGUUGGGGUCUCUACAGAGGCUCAUCGCUCUCAAGGCCGUUCCACAAUCCGCAGUGCCUAUCAUAAUUAAGACAAUGAACGAUUCAAUGAGCCAAGGGGUCGAUAUCCAACUCAAGAUCCUGCAAACCUUACUAUCUCUCAUCACCAAUUUCCCGAAAGUUCAUGGCGCACUUCUUGGAGACGCGCUUCUGCUAUGUUUCAAACUACAAGAAUCGAAAAUUGCCGUGGUAUCGUCGACAGCAGCAGCUACUCUUCGUCAAUUCGUCAUGUUCGUGGUCGACAAGAUGGUGGAUGAAGUUCGAGGGGAUGACAUAGAACCCGACGCUUUUUCCGAUAUAACUUUACCUGACGGAUCUUCCAAGACUCUCGGACCGUCAUCACGAGAUGCCUACUCGGUUUUUGAGGACCUGUGUCUCCUUGCCAAUUCAGAGAAGCCCAACUUCCUCAAGCUAGAGUCCUUACAUAAGACGUUUGCGCUGGAGUUGAUUGAAAGCGUCUUGACCAAUUACCAUGCGUUAUUUAUAAAGCAUGAAGAAUUGAUCCUUCUACUUCGACAUCAUCUCUGCCCUCUCCUACUCAAAGCAUUGUCGGACCGAGCUGUCUUUCCGCUUACUCUCCGUUGUACCCGUGUCGCCUUCCUGCUGCUCAAACAGUUUUCCGAUGAUCUGGAAACCGAGACAGAGGUUUUUUUGAUGUUGCUUAUACGAAUAAUCGCCGACGACGCGGAUGGCUCACAAGGCGAACAUGGAUACAGUAGCCAGUCAAGUAGGCCACCAUGGGUGAGGGUCUUGGCGAUGGAGAUCAUGCGAGGUCUAUGUGGUGACGCGGAACUGAUACGAAAUGUUUGGGAUCGUUAUGACUCUCAAACGUCCGGGGGCUCUAAGGUCUUCACGUCUCUCGUGAGGGCGCUCACAAGGCUUAUUACAGAGAAGCCUUCAUUACUCGGCGUGGGCUCGCAAAUGUUUGGUGUUGGAGUUCCGCAGGAUGCCACAGGAAACAUAUCCCCUUCAAAUUCGAGUUAUGGGCUGGAUGUGGGAGGUGUAGCUGGAAUGGUGGCUACUGCAGCGAGUGCCACCGUCUCGAACGUUGUGGGCAUGAUAUCCAGUGGUGCAGGAUUGAGUUUACAGGGCUCUGCAAUGAAGCUUCAAUGCAUUGACCAACUCGACAAGGCAGACUCUCCCGCAAUCCCGGAGUCCUAUAUAUACCUCUUGGCCCUUCAGUGUCUGGUAUCGCUAUGUGAAGGCCUCGCUGCUUUCUCCGCUCCUUUAUACACCUCGAUAGUCGUUCAACGACCGCGAGCGGCAGGUGAUGCCCCAAUUCGAGCACCGCCGGCUUUGGAUAUAAAUUCUCUACCCGAUGAUGAUCCACAAACAAAGCAACUCAGAAUAGUUCGAGACAUUAUCGACAAUGGUUGGCCGGCCCUUUUGGCCGCAUUAUCCUUCAUCAUCUCGACGAAUCUCUCGGAUGACCUCUUUGUAGACGUUCUGGCGAGCUAUCAAGCCAUGACAAAUGUUUCUGGCAUGCUGGGAUUGACCACCCCUCGAGAUGCGUUUUUCACUAGUCUGUCAAAGUUCUCUGUACCUACCAGAGUGGUUUCUUCGGUAGUUUCGUACAUUGAACCUCAAACGCCCCGAACCGCUAGCAGUAUAUCGGAAAACCUGGGGUUGGGUGGAGGUUCCACUCAGCCUCCUGGACUUUCGGAAAGGAAUUUGGCGUGCUUGAAGGUGCUCAUAUCGAGUGCGAUGUUCCUCGCGGGUAGUCUGGGUGAUAGCUGGUUCAGUAUUUUUGAAGUGCUUCAGAACGCGGAAUACGUCUUGACUUCGAGGGGUCUCCAUUCACAAACAGCAAAUACUCCAGCUAAACGAGUUACUAGCUCUUCGAGCCGUCCGAUGUCCAUGUUGGGGCCAAGUGGAAGUGGGAGUUCGCAGCUACAGGCACCAAGACAUCCUCUGUUGAGCGAUUUGGACACGGAGACCAUGCUUAGCGCUGUACAACGAUUGUUUGACGCGUCGAAGAAUCUCGAAGACGAUGCCUUCAAGAGUUUCGUUGGUGCUCUCUGCAGGCUUAGUGCAGAGAUGGUAGGGAUGCGGACGGAUCCGAAGGAUCUGGACGUCAUAAUUGAAGACGACACCCCAGAAGAGGAGGGCAGCGCUCGCCCUAGCACUUCAGCUUCCAGUCUUGCGGUCAAUGUCAGAAGAGAGCCUUCUCAUAGAAGGCGAGUCAGUGGAAUACAUAUCCCUCGUACUUUACGUUCGGGUGACUUUGGGCUGACUAAACUCGGUGGUGUCGCACUUCUGAAUAUACAUCGUCUAAUAUAUCGUUCGCCUGAUAUUGCAUGGAACACUACUACCGGUCAUCUCCUUUCGAUCAUUGGUCUGACGAUUGCUCCGCAACCAAUUCGUAUGCAGGCCGCACAAGUACUCGAUGAAAUCCUUGUUGUCGUACCUCGAAAUUUAUCCAAUACGGGAGACCUAAAAACUGAAGUUCAGAGACAAGUUUUGGAUGUCUUGGCGAAGCAGGUCGUACCAGAACCACAAUCUACUCUUUCUGCCGGCGGUAUCGGCAAUUCCACAACCGUCGAACUCAGACGGAUGGGUUUAGACACAUUACACCAGAUCCUUCAAGCUUCCGGCCAUACCCUCGUAGUUGGCUGGGAAAUCAUCUUUUGCAUGCUAGAAAGUGUUUGCAAACCUCCUCCCCGUUCGACCUCUCGUAGAGGCUCGACAGAUUCGGUGACAACUCCUUCUGCGUCGCCUGUCAAACGCUCCAAACCUUUACCUCUAGGGAUGGGCAGCGCACCUACCGAGAAGAGUCACACAGCUCUCAUCAAGAUAGCGUUCCAAUCCCUCACACUCGUCUGUGACUCCGUUUCCCUUCUUUCCCCUGCUCAUCUCCGACUCUGCAUCACUACCCUUGGCCAAUUUGGUCGUCAAGCGGAUACCAAUAUCGCUUUGACCGCUGCCGCUUCGUUAUUAUGGAGCGUUUCAGAUGCUAUCCAAGCCAAAAGGAAAGAUGCGGAGCAGGAACCGGAGUAUAGUGAACUCUGGAUGUUUUUAUUGACGGAAUUACUUGGGUUGUGUACGGAUGACAGACCAGAGGUUAGAGAUGGUGCUAUACAGACGAUGUUUAGGACGAUGCAGUUGUAUGGUGCUACGCUCAGCCUUGAGACUUGGGAUCAAUGUGUUUGGAAGAUCACCUUCCCGUUGCUGGAGAAUUUGACCGAGGAAAUUCGUGCUAGAGCUGGAACUGGAGCUGGUCCUUUAGACGAUGUAACAACACAAGCGUCGGAUCUAGCGACAACUGUUCCACAGGAGCAAGCUUGGGAUGAAUCGAAGAUCCUGGCCUUCCAGUCGAUAGGAUCCAUUUUUCACGAUUUCUUAGUGACGAAGAUCAUCCAUUUGGAUUCUUUUACUAAAGCAUGGGACGUUUUCACUGUACAUGUCCAGGAUGCUGUUCUUCUUGACAAUCGCCCGAUCAGCACACCGGCUUUGAGGUGCUUGGAGAAGGUGGUCAAAGUCGGUUCUUCAUCUACUGCUGUCAAGGAGUCGAGACAUUCCACAGCCUAUAUGUGGCAGCGAGUCUGGGAAUCACUUGAUCUUAUUGGCGGAGCCGUGCUCAAGCAGUCCGGGCCAGGAUCACCCUCACCCGCGGAUACAGACACGGAAGCUCAAGUAGGCUUGCCAAAACCGUUUACUCAAGAGAGCAUGGUUGCGUUUGUGGCCGUUAUUGAGUGUACGAGAGCUCUCAGUACGGCGUUGGAAGGUCAAGAAUGGCCCUUGGAAAGACUAACGAGAAUGAUGGCGAUCCUCAAAGGAGUGCUCAUGUACGCCAACUCGCCAGAUUACCGCCCAGAUAUCGACGCAUUACCGCCUUUACAAACGGCCAUUAUGGAUACGAUCACCGGGAUCGACUUGUCUUUACAAGGCUCACCAUCGCUUGUAUUGAAAGAUUUGUCGGAAUUCACGACAUUACCGUUUUUGGCGGCUUUCGAUGUGCCUCAACUGCCGGGAAGUCAGACGCCAAAGAGGAGGGUGACGUAUAUUGCGCUGGCGAAGAAGACGAUGCCGUUGUUGGUUGAGCUGGUGGUGAAGUUUAAGGGUAGUGUGGAUAUAUAUGUGGAUGGUACGGUUGAGAGUGUUUUGGCUGCGUACUCUAUCCCUGUCAAGCUGAAAUACGACUGCCCCGCUCCAUCUAAGCAUGGUAAAGACGAACCGUUGUGGAAGACCGCGACAACGUGUUCUUUAAGGAUUGUUAAGGAGGUCGGCAGUAGGGUGAAUGGGCACGAUUUCAGUGAAUUUGUACCAGACCAGUGUGUAGCGAGUAUCUGGAGGCAAAUCCUAGACGUUUUCAAAGGCGGGAUUCUGGCUGACUGUUCAUCUGCUCUAUCGUUCCCACUCUCGGUUCAAGAAUCUGAAGAAAACUUUGACCUGACACUCCUCUCAUCGCUCGAGAUAGACGUUUUACCACAUCUGGGAGAUUCUAGGAUUCCAGACCAAGUUAUCUACAUGCUGCCUAGAAUGUUGAGUCAGGGGAGUAGGUUAUACGAGGGGGAUUAUGGAGUUGACAGUCCGAGUCGGUCGAACUCAAAGUCGCCUGACGGUCCCGAGUUCGAUACAUCCACGUCCACGUCUGCGUCUUCGUCGGGAGAGUACAUCAAGGUCGAGGUAGACCGGCAUUUAGGUCAUGGAAGUACGCACCAUGAUAGUGCUGGCUCGCUUGUUCCGAGGGAAAGGUUUAGCUAUUGGUGUUUUGAUUUGUUGUUUUUGGUGUGUUCUGAUGUUACAAAAGACCAAGAGCCGUUACGAAAACGAGUUGCAGCGCUCAGUUUGAUAUCUCUACUUACACGAUGUAAAACGACGCUGGUGGGGUAUAUAGCGGAUGAAGCGUUGAGAGGGAAUUUACCGUUUCCAAGAGCACGGGAAGACGAGCUAAUCUACGUUCUUCGAAAACUCCUCGAGUUGCGGUUAUGGCCUGGGUCGCACUGGGCGGCCGUUUCUGAUGACCCGUCGGGUAAUUGCCUCGACCAGCCACCGAUUGACUCUACCGUUGUAAAACCAACCCCAACUCGACUGAUAUCCGAUUCGGUGAAACGAUCUUCAAUCGCGCAUUUAUUCUACUUUUAUCCUGCUUUAUGUGAGAUUGCGAGUAUACCGAGGAAGACGCCGUCGAGUUUUGUGGUGGUGGAGAGGAGUGAGGGUGGGGAGGGAGUGAGUGAGGUUGAUGCUAGGGGGUUGGCGAGGGAGUGUCUGAGGGUUGUGGGAAAGGAGAUGGGUGUUUCGUAGGGUUUUUCUUUUUGAGAGGCUUCACUUCUAUUACUCGCAGUCGCAAUCUAGUUUUUCGGAUGCGUUAUAUUUUGAGCCCCAGUGUAUUUAUAAUUUCUACAUACAUAGAGUGAUGUCCCGUAAUCGCUAUCGUACUUGACCUGAAAAAGUUCCUAAAUCAC